AUGGGCUUGAGGCAGAGUACACUGUACUAUUGCUGCACAUUAAAUGAAGGCAACUGUAUUCAAGACGACGUUUGCGUUGUAGCAAGUGGAGAUAAUCAAGAACAUUCUUUUUGUACCCAAGAAGCAUGCGAUUACUACAACAGUUAUAUCGAAGACGGCGACUCGUGGAACUGCGACUGCUGUGAUCUUAGAUACAAGCCGGCACUGAAUGAGCAGCAGCAGUGGAUCCUCGCCAUGUUCUCCGCAAUCGUUGGCGUUCUCAUAAGUUACACAUCGCUCACUUGCCUGCCAAUUUUGUUCAGUCCGCGAUAUGCGGUCUUUAGGGUCUUCCUUUCUUCAUUUACGCUCACUUUGCUGAUUUCCAUGUCAAUCUUCGAACUGCUCCCUGCUGCAAUUGGAAUGGACUCUUGCGAGUCAGCAAUGUGGCCUCACUGGCCAGUUCACGCUUCGAUAAUGUACGUGGCAUUUUGGCUUUUUCAUUCCAUCGAUAGAGUCAUCUCUGUAUUCGGUGCGGAGCCCGCUGAAAGGCACACAUACGCAGAAUCCAUCUUAUCUGGCUUGGACUUUGACGAGCAAAGAAGUCGAGCUCAAUCUGACGUUUCAAAGAGUCGAAUGACCGUGGCCACACUGACUGUAGAUGUCCCAGAAGAAGAAAUCAAGGAAGAAAAGAAAAUCGAAGGCACAAGUUUCUCAAAGCCAAAAGAGCAGCCAAAACAAAUAAAUUCGAGGAAAAGCGUUCUGAAAAAGCCCCGCAAAACGAUAGGCUUCCUAGAUGUGUCCGACAGUCCUGGCUAUUCGAGUCAAGGAGGAUUUCUCAACCCAAGCCUAGCGAUCGAAGAGGACGAAAUGAAGGAACUUGACGAAAAUCACAAUGAAGAAGUCUAUCAGCAGAAAAAAGCAAAAGUUAUCGAUACGACGAGAACAACGAUUUUGAGAAAAACUGAAGCAGAAACGAGAAAGUCUGUUAGAAUCACAGAGAGACCAAGCGAAAUCGUAGAAGAUAAUGGUCAGUAUUGGAACGAGUCUGCAGGAAAAAAUGAUGAUGAAGUUCAUAAACACGGCAUAAGUUGGAAAAAUAUCAAACAAAUUUCCAGUACUGCUUGGGUCAUUAUCGUCGGUGAUUCGAUCGAGAACAUCGUCCACGGCAUCGCCAUAGCAGCCGCGUAUAAUUCCUCGUUUCCCGCUGGCAUUGGCAUCUCAAUUGCUAUUUGCGCCGAAGAAUUCCUCCACAAAAUUAAUGACUUCGCCAUGGUCAUGGCCUCUGGCAUGAACACGCAUGAGGCACUACUAUUUAAUGUGCUGAGCUCGCUUCCUAUCUUUUUGGGAAUCGUCAUUGGAGAACUAUUGUUGCAUAAUAUCCACAGAGCAGACGAUUGUGAUGACAUCUGCCAUUCCUUUGGUGGAGACGAGUGCAAAGUUGAUUUGGGCAUUGAAGGAGGCAAUGAAGGUCCACUUGUUUGUGAUAAUCCAGAGCAGGGUUUUAGUAGGGCUCAUGUGCACCAAUACUGUGCUGCGGCUGCUCUUGGAUUGACAAUAUAUGUGGCUUUCGGAGCCGUGCUCGGUGAAGCAAAUGCCGCUGAAUCUAAUUGCCAGCAAUCGACGAAACUUUCACGGGCAAAGAUUCUGUUACUCCAGCAGUGCGCUCACAUCGUCGGACUUGGAGUGUGCAUGUGCCUCGUUGUUCUGUCUCCACGAUCACUUUUCGAGUACGACUUACUAGAUACUGAUAUUGCUGAUGGUUACUAG